AUGCCUACAGACAAAGUGCCGGUAACAGUCAGCUAUCGGAAACGGGGCCUUGCGCCUCCAGUAUUCGUAGCUGGCUCGUUUUCUGAUCCGCAGUGGGAGCUGCAGGAAAUGCACGGCGUCAUUGACGAAUCCGGAGAGCAUCAUUUUACUAUCCAGAUCCCCGUUGAGCCUGGAAAGGAAUACUAUUAUAAAUUCAAAGCCGCAAACCAGGACGGCUGGGUAUUGGAUGGGCAUGCUACCGUCGUCAAAGAUGACCAAGGAAGGCCUUGCAACUUGCUCAAAGUCCCCAUGACGAGCAACGGCGCAGACCGAUCCCAUACGCCGCUCGUUGAAGCUACCGAACGGAAGGAUGACGGCCCCGUUGCACCAGGCCAGCAUACCAUCGUGGCCUCGGGCCCCAAGUCACUGCUGCCCAACGUGUUCCGGGACAAGACGCACGAGGCCGAUCAACGUUCCGGGACUCCCAUCAAGCAGGUCGCAGAGGUUGCUGCUGAAGUUGCUGAUACAGCAGCAAAACUCGACGAGUUUGACACCGCAGUAUCAUCACCGGCCCCCAUCCAGCUACGCACAGACAACGACAUGGCCGUGGAGGAAGAAAUUGCGACGCCCUUAUUUGCUCAUGAGUCUUUUGGAGCGUACGAAUUUGUUGAUGACGGUCUCGACCACGACUACUUUGGCAAGAACCCGAAGUCGCCCAAUUCGAUGGUAUCAGACAGUGGUUGCAGUCUUGGCGAUGUGGAUAUUGACGAUCCUACACUGGAGAAGUUUCCUUCCGACAGACCAUCCGUGAUUGAUACCUUGCGAAAGAUUCAAUCGAGCACAGAUGAGGGUCGAUCUAGCUUUGAAGAUGGACAGCACUCAACCCCCGCAACGUCGAGAAGGACAAGCCUGGACUCCUUGGACGGAAAUGGCGGACAGCUCAGCCCGACAUCAGUGAGAAAGCAAGACAACAGGGCAUCAAGAAGUAGCUUUGGCCGCCCAAGGUCCGCAGUCUCGCUGGAAUGCAUUGACGAGGAACCGAAAGCUUCGGGUGAUGUAAGCCCGGGGACGAAACACGAUCCAGAGACACAAGCCAGUGGAACUCAAGGCGACGGAAGCACAACCGACGAAGAUAGCGGCUUGGUGAUGAAAAUUGCCAAAGUAUGA